UCGUCACGUUUGACCCCGCGAGAACACAGAAUGCCCUCGCUGCUUGAACUAAGUCCUACCAGUACGGGUGCUUGUUGGCUCCUGAUGUUGUCUUUAUUUCAAAGGUUAUGUUGAACGCCUUGCUUGUGACUGCAGAAUAGCUUGCCGGCAUGUUUUGCUGGUAUAGUGUACAUGUCUCUGUUGGGCAAUAAUAGCGUGGGAAGCUAAGUUAGCUAGCUAGCGAUGACACUGAAGCUGAUUUUGCUUAAGAAGACAGAUCUGCCAGUUGUGAUUCGUUCCUCCAUUCAUUUGAAGAGAAUAGCCAACUGUAGCACGGUGGCUGUUAAGGGCUGAAGACUACUGGCAGUGCAGAGUUCAGAAGUUCAUUUUUAACACAAUGGGAAAAGCCAUCUUAGACCACCUACACUUAUGCAAAUUCUGGAAACGGCUACCCUUGUCUCCCUCUCUGGUACUGGUUAGUUGCCUUGAAAUGUUGCCUCCCAUGCCCAGGAUAAUAAACGUACAUCAGGAGAAGAGGAAGAGCUCCUUGGAUUGUCAUUUAAUGGUCUGCUAAUGAAUCCAGAGAAAGGAGUCGUUAGGGGCUUGAAAGAGGAUCGUAUGGGUGUGGUCUGAGGGAAGCAAUCCUGAAUUCAGACAGAGCAGGUGUUCCCAUCCACAUUAGACAUCAUGGGAGAUGUGGUCCAGAUGCACUUUUCCACGCUGGAUUACGUGAUCUUUGCCAUCCUGCUGGUGGCCUCCACAGGCAUCGGGCUGUAUCAUGCCUUUUCUGGCGGACGCCAGCGGACCACACAGGAGUUUCUGUUGGCUGACCGCAGCAUGAGCUGCUUGCCUGUUUCUCUCUCACUCCUGGCCACUUUCCAGUCUGCAGUGGCCAUCCUGGGAGCCCCCUCAGAGGUGUACGCCCAUGGCACCCAGUACUGGUUCUUGGGCUGCUCUUACUUCCUGGGUUUGCUCAUUCCAGCUCACAUCUUUAUCCCUGUUUUCUAUCGUCUACGCCUCUCAAGUGCUUAUGAGUACCUGGAACUGCGAUUCAACAAAACAGUCCGCAUCUGUGGGACCGCAACGUUCAUUUUUCAGAUGGUAAUUUAUAUGGGAGUUGUCCUGUAUGCGCCAGCACUGGCUCUUAAUGCAGUGACUGGACUUGAUCUCUGGGGGGCAGUGAUAGCGCUGGGUUUAGUUUGCACAUUGUACACAACUCUGGGAGGCUUAAAAGCAGUGAUCUGGACGGAUGUAUUUCAGACCAUUGUGAUGUUUGCUGGACAGCUGGCUGUGAUUAUAGUGGGAACUCACCAAGCAGGGGGCAUCACUGAGGUGUGGAGGAAGGCCCAAAAAGGGAAUCGAAUCUCUGGUCUAGACUUGAACCCUGACCCACUUGAGAGGCACACAUUCUGGACCCUGGGCGUGGGCGGGAUCUUCCUCAUGCUGGCUCUGUAUGGAGUCAACCAGGCCCAGGUGCAGCGAUACCUCAGCUCCCGCACAGAGAAGGAGGCUGUGAUGUCCUGCUAUGUGGUCUUUCCUUGCCAGCAGAUUGUCCUGACGAUGGGCUGUCUCAUGGGACUGGUUAUGUAUGCACGAUACGGAGAGGAUAGUCCUUUGGAUAAGGGCUACGUGAAAACAAAUGAUCAGAUGGUGUUGUACUUUGUGAUGGACGUUCUCAGAGAUUUACCUGGACUCCCAGGAUUGUUUGUUGCUUGUCUGUUCAGUGGAGCUCUUAGUACAAUAUCGUCUGCUUUUAAUUCCUUGGCAACGGUUACUAUGGAGGAUUUGAUCAAGCCCUACUUCCCUGCGAUGAAAGAAUCACGGGCCACCCUGCUCUCAAAAGGCCUUGCGCUAGGAUUUGGACUGGUCUGCCUAGCUAUGGCGUACAUUGCCUCCCUCAUGGGGUCCGUACUGCAGGCAGCACUGAGCAUUUUUGGAAUGGUGGGUGGUCCACUCCUUGGCCUGUUCUGUCUUGGAAUGUUUUUCCCCUGGGCUAACUCCACAGGUGCCCUGGUUGGGUUGCUUGCAGGCCUACUUAUGGCUUUCUGGAUUGGCAUUGGAAGCUUUGUUACACGUUUAUCUAACACAGACUCUCUACCAGUUGUCAACACCACUACUAUACCAAGUUUGGACAACACAACUAUAGCCACAAUGAUGACCAUCAUAAAUUCCACUGCAUCCAGGCCCACAGGGGUGCAGGCACUGUACUCUCUCUCCUACAUGUGGUACAGCGCUCACAACUCCACCACAGUAGUGCUGGUCGGCCUGCUGGUCAGCCUUCUCACAGGGCCUAUGAAGGAGAAGGAGCUGACCCCAGGGACCGUGUACCCUGUGUUGGGCAACCUGCUGUUCUUCCUACCAGAGCGUUACAGGGAGAAACUGUGUUGUACCACUAGUCUGGAAGACAAGUCUCAAGCAUUGGACCAGCAGCCCUAUCAGAUGGCUCAGAAAGAGGGGAAUGGUGUGUCUUACCCCCAAGAUGAGGAGAAGUGUCAUGGAGAGGAGGCGGUGGUGGUGCAGGAAACAGCCAUGUGAGGCCUCUUACCCGUAUCUUCUGUUCAUUCUGUCCACAAACGGAGAAGAAGAGGAGGCGGCUGAGACCCACUUCCAUAUUUCUAAAAAAAAAGAAUAGUUUUAGUCUCUUUGAGAUAUCCCUUUGUAACAAAGUUUGUCAAUGAUUUAUGAUGUGUGUACUACUUAGUAGCCAUAAAUAGCCAUACAUUUUCAGUUCAUCUGUGACUGAGCUCCAUUACCUGUAUGUCUUAGAGCAAUGGUUCCCAAAGUGUGGGGCGGGCCCCCGGGGGGGCGGAGCUACAGCAAUGGGGCACAUGUUGAGGGCAGAAAAACUGAACGGAAACCAAACACUGGUCAGAUUAAGUAUGGCAGUGCUUUUACAUAGUAGCCUUUAAGAACUAUUUGAUGAUGAGUUUAUAACCUGCUUUGUACUUGGUCAGGGCCUACUGUUGCGCUUAUAUAUUAGAAGGGAUAGCUCGCCUAAUUAGUAAUACAAUGGACAUGUGUAUAACUGAUCCAACGAAUGAAACGAUAGCCAAUCAUAAAACCGUAUGUGAUCCGGACAGAUUUGAUCCAUUGUAAAGAAGAGCUCUGAUUAAAUAAAAUGUAAUGCAAAUGAAACAAUGUUUAACUGAUAAGUUUUACUGAAUAAUAAAAAAAUGUAGCUGUUCAAAUGAAGCAAAAUGAAACCAUGUUUAAAAUAAGCUAUGCAGAAGACUGAUCUGUUUUUUAAAUUAGUUAAAUAAAUUAGGGAUAAUCGUUAAUUUAUAGUUGGCUAUAUGAGCGUCUCAGGCUUUGCACCUCAGUGUUUUGGGGGGGGUGGGCGCGCAAUGUUUUUUUCAUCAUCAAAUGGGGGCUUGCCAUGAAAGGUUUGGGAACCACUGCCCUAGAGGGAUUGGGAACCACUGCCCUAGAGGGAUUGGGAACCACUGCCCUAGAGGGAUUGGGAACCACUGUCCUAGAGGGAUUAUGAACCACUGUCCUAGAGGGAUUGGGAACCACUGCCCUAGAGGGAUUGGGAACCACUGCCCUAGAGUGAUUGUAGACCAUUGUGAUUCUGGCAAGGUUUUUCAUAUUUGAUCUCAGCAGCCAAUGAAAACAAAUCCCUCCCAUCUGUGCUGCUGAAACAACGUGUUGAUUGUCUGAAAUCACGUAUGGCUCAGCCCCACACUCCUUGUUUGUUUCCCAUUUCCAGAGUCAGGAGGUUUGCAGAGGUUUUUUGAGCACUCACACUGAAUGGACGGAAAUUGUAUUUGAUUAGAAUCACGGACUCAACCAUGAAGAGAACUAUCUCGUAAAACUGUAGCAAAGUUAAUUGGCUAAUUUUCAUUUGCAGAACUGGAUUUAGCCAACUUGCUUUGCUCUAGCACGAUUAAACGUUAGUGGUAGUGCUGUAAGUCAACCUUCUUUGCCUGAAAGUGCUGUUGCAAAUACAAAAUUGGAAUAUCAGGAUAAAUGAUAAUCCCCAAACUAGCUGUCCUGAAGAUGGUUGACCAAUAAUUAAAAUGUUGUUUGAUUAAUUUCCUCCCUUUUUGAUGUUGUGACAACUGCUCUAUGGAAUCCAUGAUAUGGGUUUGUAAAUUAGUGUAAAGUGUUCAAAUUAUGGCUGGAUGUGUAUGUCUUGAUUAACAGGUGAAACACUGUUUUAUGGGUUGGUCUUAAUCUGUGAUUAUUUCAAUGGAGGAGGAUGGCCUGUAAGAUUCACAUGUUUUGCAUACCAAAGUGCAAAGUGAAUGACAUUCCAGAAAAUCUUGUUAGAAGGCUUUUAAGCAAAAUACUUGAGCCUUUAGUUUUCACCAGCCACUUGUCCUUCUUCACUUUUCAUGUCUCUGUGAUGUUAAAUGUGUUUUUGUAGGUUGACUCAAAUUGAAGUUGUCAGUGGGGUUAUUUCUGGACAUCUUAUGUGUUUUAAUGUAGAAACCUGACUUAAUGACUCCAUUUCAACAGAUUUUGCAACAUAAGAUUGUGUCAAGACACACAUCUGGGAAAGCAUACAAGAACAUUUCUGUAGCAUUGAAAAAGCCCAAGAGCACAGUGACCUCCAUCAUUCUCAAAUUGAAGAGAUUUGGAACCACAAACAUUUCCUAGAUUUGGUGGCUCAACCCUCAGUGUGUUUUUAAUGUAGGGCGCCAGACAGGAGCCAUUCCUCACGGCACAAGGCGCAUGACCAUGGAGGCCCCACUGGGAGUUUAACUAGAGCACCUGAACGACUGAACGAACUCUAGUCUGAUGAAACUAUUUGGCCAAAAUUCCCAAUGGCAUGUGUGGAGGAAACCAGUAAUUGAGCUUCACCUCAUUAAUACCAUCCCUACACUCAAACACAGUGUUGGCAGCAUCAUGCUGAGGGCCUGGAAGACUAGUCAGGAUAGAGAGAAAGAUGGAUGCAGAAAGAUAUAGAGCCAUUCUGAGUGAGAACCUCUCCCAGAGCGAAGGGUUACAUUUCAACAUGACAACAAUCCAAAACAUCCUGCCAAGAAAACACAGGAGUAAACAGUGUGGAUGUCCUGGAGUUACAUCUCACAGCAGAGCAUCUCUGGAGAAACCUGAAAAUGGCCGUGCACUGACCAUCCCCAUCCAACCUGGUUGAGCUUGAACGAUUUUCUGCUAAGAAGAAUGGGAGAAAGAUGUGCCAAGCUUGUAACAUCAUUUCCAAUAAGACUUUAGGCCAUCAUUGCUGCCAGAGGUGCUUUGACCGAGUACUAAGUGAAGGGUCCCAAUACUUGUGUUUGCUUUGUCAUUGUAGAGUAUUGUGUGUAGAUUGAUGUGAAAAAAUGAAUUGAAUCCAUUUUAAGAUGAGCCGAAAAACUUGAAAGUGUCUUAAAUCAUGCACUGCAUGUCUGCUGAGAUCUGUGAUGUGAAACUGCACAAACAUGUCUAAAUGUAAAUGCCACUGGAAAUAUUAUGGGCUAUCAUUACCCAGUCACCAUAAUCUUACUAUGUUUGUUAAAUGGCCAGUGAGAUGAGAGUUAGGUGUCCUGUAUGAAAACUCAAUGGAGGGUUGAGGGGGGGUUUCUUUUCUACGUAUACAUUGUGACAUUGAAGUAAAUUGCCCUGCUGUGAUGUACAGGGAAUUUCAUCUAGUUGAUAGAUGGAUGUAUUUGAUUGUAAAAAAAAAUACAGAAAACAAUUGCCAUUGCAAUGCCAAAUAUUUGUACUCUAGUUGUACAUUAAAAUAUGAAACCUGCUAGUAUGGCAUACAAGAGACAGUUCUGUUAUAUGUAAUUAUACAAUGACAAGAUUGUAUGGUAUUUUUUGACAAUGAAAUCAGGUUUACAUUCAGGAUUUUGCUGGAUUGCACAAUGCCUUUGUUUCAGAUAAUGGUUGCUACUUUAUAUUUAUAUAAUAUACUUUAUGUUUUAUUCUGAUGGCUAUUGCAUAUGCCAUAUGCUCUGAGAAUAUGACUUCUCAGGAAUGCUUCUAGUCUUUAUAUUCUGUGAUGAUUGAACACAGAGUGUAUUUAGGACAUCAAGAAACUUCUAGAAUUGCUAGUUAUAUUGUGGAUGAAUAACAGGAAGAUUAGACAUUUAUGAAGGCUUAGUCUUGCAUAAGAUUACAAAAAUGCUAAUGUGACUUGACAGAAAUGUGAAGUUCAUUUUCUGAAAUCAUUGUCAAAUUUGCUUUGUACACACUGUAUUUAGGGAUCAGGAUCAGCAAAUAAAGUACUUGUUCUUAUACUAUGUAGUAUGAGUGAAUCCAGUGCAGUCCAAUACAUACUAUGUGAUGCUGAGGAAAAAUAUUUACCAUGGUACUAUGAAUUUAAUUAUUAAUCAAUAAUGCACUAAUGGUUUCAUGAAAUUGUUCUAUUCAUCAAACUUCAUUUUCAUCAAAGAAAACUCAAUUACAGGUUUGCAGCCAUUUGGCACCAAAGCUUGUUAGUGUUCUGAGAUACUCAGGAGAAAUUUCAACCAAUGCCUCUCUGAUCUUACUGUGUACCUCGAAGGGUUAAACUCUGGUGAGUUUGCAGGCUAGUCCAUCAAAAACUU